AAGCGGAAGUUGCGGCUGAUGACGGUGAGGGGUUCGGUGGUACCGGGUGGUCGGGGGGCGCGAGAUGGCGGUUCCCAUGGAGACACAACUACAGAGCAUCUUCGAGGAGGUGGUGAAAACUGAAGUGAUUGAGGAAGCCUUUGCUGGUAUGUUUAUGGACACACCUGAAGAUGAGAAAACCAAGCUGAUCAGCUGCCUCGGAUCCUUCAGACAACUCUGGACCUCUCUUCCUCAGGAAUCCCAUGAGCAGUGUGUGCAGUGGAUAGUCCGCUUCAUCCAUGGGCAGCACAACCCCAAAAGGAUUUCAUUCCUGUACGACUGCUUGGCUAUGGCAGUUGAAUGUGGACUGCUACCUCCCAGACUGGUCUGCGAGACUUUAAUUAACUCUGAAAGUCUGGAAUGGGAAAGAAUGCAGCUUUGGGCCUUAACAUUUAAGCAUCGAAAAAUAAUAGGAGGUGUUGACUACAAGGGUGUACGAGACCUUUUGAAAGCAAUUCUGGAGAAAAUUCAAACCAUUCCAACCACUGUAAGCUCUGCUGUGGUCCAGCAACUGCAAACUGCCAAAGAUAUCGUGGCAUAUAUCCUGGAUAGAAAUGCCUGCUUGUUACCAGCAUAUUUUGCAGUUACUGAAAUCAGAAAACUUUGUCCUGAAGGGAAGUUGUCUCACUGGUUGCUAGGUAACCUUAUAUCGGAUUUUGUGGACAGCUUUAGACCCACUGCUCGAAUAAAUUCCAUUUGUGGACGUUGCAGUCUUUUGCCAGUGGUGAAUAAUUCGGGUGCAAUCUGUAAUUCAUGGAAAUUGGAUCCAACAACACUUCGUUUUCCUUUACGGGGACUGUUGCCUUAUGACAAGGAUCUUUUUGACCCACAGACUGCACUAUUGAGAUAUGUUUUAGAGCAGCCUUACUCCAGGGAUAUGGUCUGCAACAUGCUGGGUUUGAACAAACAGACCUUGAACAUUGCUCAGCACAAACAGCGAUGCCCUGUGUUAGAAGACCAGCUCGUGGAUUUAGUGGUUUAUGCGAUGGAACGCUCAGAGACUGAAGAGAAGUUUGAUGACGGAGGCACCAGUCAGUUGCUGUGGCAGCACCUCUCGAGCCAGCUUAUUUUCUUUGUGUUGUUUCAGUUUGCCAGCUUUCCACACAUGGUGUUAUCACUUCAUCAAAAGCUCGCAGGCCGAGGCCUUAUAAAAGGGAGAGACCACCUGAUGUGGGUUCUAUUACAGUUUAUCUCUGGCAGUAUCCAAAAGAAUGCUCUGGCUGACUUUCUCCCAGUGAUGAAACUAUUUGACCUGCUCUACCCAGAGAAAGAGUGCAUUCCUGUACCUGACAUUAGCAAGCCACAGUCUACACAUGCGUUUGCCAUGACCUGUAUAUGGAUACAUCUCAACAGGAAGGCGCAAAAUGAUAACUCUAAACUGCAGAUACCCAUCCCUCACUCUCUCAAGCUCCACCAUGAAUUCUUGCAGCAAAGCUUGAGAAAUAAAAGUCUACAGAUGAAUGAUUACAAGAUCGCAUUGCUGUGCAAUGCAUAUUCCACAAAUUCCGAGUGCUUCACAUUGCCUAUGGGAGUGCUGGUUGAGACAAUUUAUGGCAAUGGAAAUAUGAGGAUAGCUCUUCCUGGAACAAACUGCAUGGCUUCAGGAUCUGUCACUCCACUUCCAAUGAAUCUAUUAGACUCACUGACAGUUCACGCCAAGAUGAGCCUCAUUCAUAGCAUAGCCACCAGAGUGAUCAAACUGGCCCAUGCUAAAUCAAGCCUAGCCUUGGCUCCAGCUCUGGUGGAGACAUACAGUCGUCUUCUCGUUUAUAUGGAAAUUGAAUCUCUGGGAAUUAAGGGUUUUAUCAGCCAGCUUUUACCAAAUGUAUUCAAAUCGCAUGCUUGGGGGAUACUACACACAUUGCUGGAGAUGUUCAGCUACCGUAUGCACCACAUCCAGCCUCACUACAGAGUUCAACUCUUGAGCCACCUUCACUCACUGGCUGCUGUGCCACAGACUAAUCAGAAUCAGCUUCACCUGUGUGUUGAAAGCACAGCUCUGCGAUUGAUCAUUGCACUGGGCAGUUCAGAAGUCCAGCCCCAGUUUACUCGAUUUCUCAAUGACCCCAAAACAGUUCUUUCUGCAGAAUCUGAGGAACUCAACAGAGCUCUUAUUCUAACUCUAGCCAGAGCUACACAUGUAACUGACUUCUUUACAGGCUCAGAUUCUAUACAAGGCACCUGGUGUAAAGACAUUCUGCAGACAAUCAUGGCCUUCACUCCUCACAACUGGGCGUCACACACUCUGAGUUGUUUCCCAGCUCCAUUGCAGGCCUUCUUCAAACAGAACAGUGUGCCUCAGGAAAGUCGGUUUAACUUGAAGAAGAACGUGGAAGAGGAAUACCGUAAGUGGAAGUCCAUGACCAAUGAAAACGAUAUCAUCACCCACUUCUCCAUGCAGGGCUCCCCCCCACUCUUCCUCUGCCUCCUCUGGAAGAUGUUGUUAGAGACCGAUCACAUCAAUCAGAUUGGCUACAGAGUGUUGGAGAGAAUAGGAGCCAGAGCGUUGGUGGCUCAUGUUAGAACAUUUGCCGACUUCCUGGUUUACGAAUUCUCAACCUCUGCCGGAGGACAGCAACUGAACAAGUGCAUCGAAAUUCUCAAUGACAUGGUGUGGAAAUACAACAUUGUGACCCUGGACAGACUGAUCCUGUGUCUGGCCUUGAGAAGUCAUGAAGGAAAUGAAGCUCAAGUCUGUUACUUCAUCAUCCAGUUAUUGCUGCUUAAACCGAAUGAUUUUAGGAAUCGAGUGAGUGAUUUUGUGAAGGAGAACUCCCCUGAGCACUGGUUGCAGAAUGACUGGCACACAAAACACAUGACCUACCACAAGAAAUAUCCUGAAAAGCUGUACUUUGAAGGCCUGGCUGAGCAAGUUAAUCCCCCAGUACAGAUUCAACCUCAGUAUCUCCCCAUUUAUUUUGGAAAUGUCUGCCUUCGAUUUUUGCCGGUGUUUGAUAUUGUCAUCCAUAGAUUUUUAGAGUUACUCCCUGUGUCAAAAUCUUUAGAAACUCUUCUUGAUCACCUGGGAGGUCUAUACAAGUUCCAUGACCGGCCAGUGACCUACCUGUACAACACUCUUCACUACUAUGAGAGACAUCUGCGAGACCGCACAAAUCUGAAACGCAAACUUGUUCAUGCAGUCAUUGGUUCUCUGAAGGAUAACCGACCACAAGGCUGGUGUUUGAGUGAAACCUAUUUGAAGUCUGCUAUGAACGCACGAGAAGACAACCCUUGGAUUCCUGAUGAUACCUACUACUGCAAGCUGAUCGGUCGAUUAGUAGAUACAAUGGCAGGGAAAUCACCUGGACCAUUUCCAAACUGUGAUUGGAGAUUCAAUGAGUUUCCCAACCCAGCUGCACAUGCCCUUCACGUAACCUGUGUGGAACUUAUGGCAUUGUCCGUUCCAGGGAAGGAAGUUGGAAACGCUCUACUGAACGUGGUACUAAAAAGCCAGCCACUAGUGCCAAGGGAGAAUAUUACUGCAUGGAUGAAUGCAAUUGGACUUGUAAUAACUGCCUUACCCGAACCCUAUUGGAUAGUAUUGAAUGAUCGUAUUGUGAGUGUUAUCAACAGUCCUACACUAACUUCAGACACAGAAUGGGUUGGUUACCCAUUUCAACUCUUUGAUUUCACUGCUUGUCACCAGUCAUACUGCGAGAUGUACUGCAGCUAUGUCCUCGCCUUAGCACAUGCGGUGUGGCAUCAUUCGAGCAUUGGACAGCUUUCCCUUAUCCCCAAAUUUCUCUCAGAAGUGCUGAAACCUUUGGUGAAGACUGAAUUCCAGCUGCUGUACGUUUAUCACCUUGUUGGCCCUUUCCUGCAGAGGUUCCAGCAGGAAAGGACACGGUGUAUGCUUGAGAUUGGAAUAGUGUUUUAUGAAAUGCUGUUUAAUGUAGACCAGAAUAGCAAACACUUGGGAUACAUGGACCCCAUUUGCGAUUUUCUGUACCACGUAAAGUACAUGUUUACAGGAGACAGCGUGAAGGACCAAGUGGAAAAAAUUAUCUGCGUUCUGCGUCCAGCAUUAAAACUUCGACUGCGCUUUGUGACGCACAUAAGCAAAGUGGAACCAACAGCUCCAAUGCAAGCAACACACAGUGCCUCUCCAGCCAAUCCAGUCAGCCAGGUCUCCUCUGCAGUUGCGCUACCAGUGGCACAGUGAACAUAUGGGCAGGGGUUUGUCCUAACUCUUUGGCUCUAUUCACAUGAUGUAAUAAAUUGUUUAGUAUUUAAUAUAAAAAAUGUUACUUUUUUGUUUAUCUUUUACAUAUGUGCAGUUUGACUUGAAUUCUGUAUGUAGCAGCAGAAGGAAAGGUGUAACCGACUACUCUGGUUCUGAAUUUGUGUCCAUAAUGCUUGAUUUACAACUUCAGGGUGUUUCCACUCAGUCCAAUAACCGGAUUUUAAAAGUAAAUCAGAAAGCCAAAGUAAUUUUUCUCCUGAUUCCUUUCAGCAAUGUUUGAUCAUAUUAUGCAAGUUCCAGUUAACCUUAGCAAAAGGCACCAUUUACUGUUAUAUUCCGCAAGUUUUAUUGCAUUUUCUUUUGUUUUCCUCACAAAUUGUAGCCUUUAUUUAGUACGUACUAGGAUUUUAAAAUUGGAGUUCGGCUUGCGAUUAAAAUUAUGCAAAGAAUGCAAACUCCAUGGCACAGCUGUCGGGAAGCUGCCAGCUAAUGUAGUGCGUGAAUUUGAAAUGCUUGGUUUUAUUAGUGAUACUUUUUUUUAACAAAAAAUAAACUUUUUUUGAUAGUACUGAUGUCUUCCUGCUUAAGUUGUUUUUGAAAGGAGUUGAUUGUCUCGGGUUUAGAUCAUAGUAAUGUUUUCUUUGCAAAGUGAUUUGUUUCUGCUCUCCAAUGUUUGAAGAGGAAUAAACUAUGAGGAAAGAUUUCAAUAAAUUGCAGCUUUAACUCACGAAAAGACAUGUUUCAGAUGGGAACUUGUGAAAUCUGAAUGAGGUAGAGAAAUUAAACCCAAACAAUAAUUUCAAAUGCAGUAUAGAAACAGGACAAGUGGGGGUGACAGGUUCAAGGUUGCGAAAAGUUUAGGGUAGACGCCAAUAAGUAUACUUUUACAACAACUUGCACUUAUGUAGCACUCUCCACACA